AUGUCUAAAUGGGUGCUGGCCACCACCAAGCUAAAAGAGGAUAAGUGGAUCAAGAUGGUGGCCGUCGAUGAUCACAAGCAGGCCAUUCUUGAAUGGUUUGACGCCAAGGAUAAACGGCUCAUCGUUUUUACCUUGGACGCCAAGGGCGUGUUCGAGCCCUCCUUUGACUUCCCUGCCAAGCUCAAAGCCAAGGGCGCCUACUUUCUCAAGCCCCGUGAAGACUUUGUCGUCAACAAGGACAAUGUUCAGACUUUGCUCCGUGGUGACUUGGCCUAUAAUCCCGUCGAGCAGAUUCGCGCUCUCGUGGAGGGCGUUUUCAUGCCUGUUUUGGACAACGAUACCAAUACCGAGCAAUGGCCUGUGGUCGUUUCCGAGGAUGUGGUGUCUCAUGCCAAGACGCUCAAGUCUACCACUGAAGUGCUCUCGGGUCGCGUCCAAGGUAAUAUGCCCCUUCCCCUGCCCCAUGGCGCUGGUCAGCUUGAUGAGCUGGCUGGUAGCGAGAGCCACGGUGCCGCUGCGGCAGCUUCAAAUGGAAACACCACCGCUGCGCGGGGUGACUCCAUGCAGCUGCUGCACACCAUCGAGUCUGCCGUCAUUGAGUGGGCUCGCCAGAUUCGCGCCGUCCUCAAGCGCGAUUCGGCCCAGCCCCUGAUGAAUGGCCAGAACCCGGGCGCCCUGGUUGAGUGUGACUUUUGGGCCGCCAUGAAGAAGAGCGUUGGUAGCCUCAAGGAGCAGCUCGAGGCACCGCGCGUGCAGGCCAUGCAACGCGUCCUCGAUGAGCACAACAGCAACUACAGCGCCUCGCUGCAACAGCUCAAGGAACACGUCAACGCCGCUUACGAUGAAGCGGUCGACAUUGUUCUCUACCUCGAGCCCCUUCGCAUGUACCUCGAGCAACUCGAGGAUAUUGAGCUCGCCGAGAUGCCCCGCCUUCUGACAUCAAUCUUUGUCACCAUCCGUCUCAUCUGGACCUAUAGCAAGCACUACAACACCGCUCGCCGCAUGGUCAUCCUUCUUCGUGAGAUCUGCAACCAGGUCAUCGCCUCAAUCACCGGCUUUAUCGAGCCCCGCUCUCUUUUUGCCCAAGAACUAGAAGAGGGCAUUAAGAAGCCCCAAGAGGCCAUCAACGUCAUUGAGGCGCUUCACCACGAAUUUGAUGCCACCCGCACAGCCAUCCAUGAAGCCAGCCAGGCCGGCAAGUGCCCGUCCUGGGAAUUUGAGAAGCCCUUGGUCUUCAAGCGCAUUGAUUCAUACGCAGCCCGUCUUCGCAAGCUGCACACCGUCUUUGCCGCCUUCUUGGAUUUUGCCAAGCUGGAAAAGGUCGAGGUUUCCGGUGAUAAGCUGAACAAGCAGAUUCAAAACAUCUUUGUCGAGCAGAGCGAGCGAUUCGAACAGCUCAUGAAGGAGACUGGCGAGGAAGGUUUCGACUGUCUCAACCCGGCCGUCCCCGACUUUGACCAGGUCUUUCGGGAGAUUAUGACGACCACCGCGGAUUGGGAUCGACGCCUCGCAGCCAUAGCUUGUCAGGCCUUUGAGCGCGUCAACAGCCUGGAGGCUGCUUUUAAGCUCGUCAUCAGCUUCCAGGGUCUGCUUGACCGCCCCAACAUUGCCGACGAUGUCAGCUCGCAGUAUCCACGCAUGGUGGCCAUGCUCGAGGAAGACCUCGACAUCGUCAAGAACAUCUUUGACCACCAACGGGAGAACAUGCUGCUCAACAAGAACAUGCCGCCCGUGGCUGGUGCUCUCAAAUCCAUCUCUGAGCUCCGCGAUCGCGUCAAUCGCCCGCGUCAAGAAAUGGAGAAGCUCGAGCAUCCUGCCUUUCACGGCGACGACGUGAAGCGCGCCUUUGGCAAGCAUCAAGAGCUUCUCGAGCGCUUCACCGCCUUUGAGCUUGAGGUGUACCAACAGUGGGCCGAUCGCGUCGGUCAGGAGUCGGCCGCCAACCUUAACCGCCCCCUCCUCCUGCGCACACCAGAGACGUCCCUGAUUGCCGUCAACUUUGACCCUCAACUCGUGGCCACCUUGCGUGAGGUGAAGUACCUCGAGCUUGUGCGCCGCCUGACGACCCCCGACGCUCCGGAAACGGCAGUGCCGGAGAGUGCCGGUGCCGUAUUUGCCCGCGAGGAAGCCUUCCGCCAGAAGCUAGCCAAUCUUGAUGUGGCCGUCACCGAGUACAACCGCAUUCAAGAUACGCUCCUCGACGUGGAAGAGCCCCUGGUGGCGGGCGAGCUGGCCGCCAUUGACGUCUUGCUUGAGAAAGGCAUUUCCAAUCUCAACUGGAAUUCAGAAGACGCCUCGGCCUAUUGCUUAGAGGUGAAGGACGUCAUUGAACAGCUCAGCAACCGCAUUCAGCAGGCCAAGGGCAACGUCCGAACCAUGCUCCAGAAAAUGGAGGCCUGGUACGAGGAGCCGGUCCUCCAGCCCGACAGCAAAACUGGUAUCCUCUCCUUCGGUGAUCGCACCAAGGUCAUGGCGGCGCCCAUGGAGCGCAUCCGUCAGGACGGCGAAACUUUCCACCAACUCCUGGCUCAAAACCAAGAGUUUUUCAAGGCCGUAGCCGAUAACCCAGACUGGCAUGCCUAUGUGGAGUACCUGGACAGCUUGUUGCUGGACGGUCUCUUCAACACAGUCCACGUGUCCAUGUCUCAUCUCUUGGACCGCAUGGAGCCGAACCCAGAGGACCCCAUUCGUCCGCUACAGCAAGGCCAGAUGAGCCUGGUGGACACCGCCAUCACCUUCCAGCCGGGCAUGAACGACACAGACCCCAAGCCCAGCCUGAUGGAACAGAACAUGACCAUCUCUGACGACAUCUUUGAUGUGGGCACCGUCAUCAAGUCUCUGGCCGCCCACACGCCCGAUCCGGACUACCGCGAGCGUCUUGCCGCUGCUACAGAGCUGCAGGAGCUGCGCACGGAGCUGGAGAGCAAGGUAAACUCGGCCGUGUACGCCGCCUCCGAGUUUGAGCUCAACUUGCGGAACAUUUACGCGCACCUGUGGGUGGAUGAUCGCCGCGAGUUUAUGGCUCAGUUCCUCAAGUACAAUCACAUCCCCACCCCCGAGGAGCUGGACACUGCCGCCGAGUCCGGCCAGCCCAUUCCGGAGGUAGCACCAACCCUCGAGCAGUUCAAAGAGAACAUUGACAAGUACAACGCCAUUGCCGAGUCAGUCCGCGAGCUGGAGGACCAGGUCACCUUUGAUCAGUGGCUCAAGGUCAAGUGCCAGCCUUUCAAGGAUCGCCUCUACAAUAUUGUCAAACAGUGGAGCAACAUGUUCAUCGAACACCUGACCGAGCACGUCACCAACAGCCUGGUCGAUCUCGAGGUGUUUGUCCAGCAGGUUGAUCAGGGGCUCAGCGAGCCCAUCCCCGAGGGUAACUACGAUGCCCUCGUCAAGACGAUGGACCUGCUCAACCGCGUCAACGAGCGCGCUGAGGCCACAGAUGCCAUGUUCGAUCCGCUCACCGAGACGGUGCGCUUACUCGAAGCCUACGACAUUGAGAUGCCCCCCAAGGUCCACGAGCAGCUGGGUGCGCUGCCCGAGCAGUGGAAGAGCAGCAAGAAGCUGGCCAACAAUGUAACCAACGACGUGGCGCCCCUGCAGGCGGACGAGGUCACCAAGCUCAAGCGUCGUGCGAAUCAAUUUGACGUGCGCAACUUUGAGUUCCGUGAAGACUUUAUCAAGCGUGCCCCCCUCCGCUACGACUCGCGCCGCGUAUACGUGCGCAUCAACAAGCACUAUGAGGAGUACCUAGAGAUGGAGCGCGAGAUGGACGGUCUUUACCAGUCAGCUCGUCUCUUCAACGUCAAGCUGCCCGAGUACAAGCAGCUCAAGCUGUGCCGCCGUGAGCUUGCCCUCCUCAAGGCGCUUUGGGACAUGAUCGUUCUCGUCCGCUCCCAGUUUGCCGAGUGGAAGCAAACACGCUGGCUCGAGGUGAACGUUGAGAACAUGGAGAUGGAUUGCAAGCGCAUGGUCAAGGAGAUCCGCCAACUUGACAAGGAGACGCGGGCCUGGGAGGCCUUCAACGGCGUUGAUGCCGACGUCAAGAACAUGAUCACCUCGCUCGGCGCCGUCGGCCUGUUGCAGUCACCUGCCAUUCGCGACCGCCACUGGCAACAGCUCAUGAAUGCCACCGGUGUUCGCAUCGACAUGAGCAAGGAGACCGAGUUGUCCGAGCUCCUUGCUCUCAACCUGCACGAGUACGAGGACGAGGUGUCGACCAUUGUUGACCGCGCUAACAAGGAGCAGGGCAUGGAGAAGAUCCUCAACGAGCUUGACACCACGUGGGGUGGCAUGGUCUUUGACUACGACGAGCACAAGGAAACUGGCACACCACUGCUCAAGACAUCCGAGGAGCUCAUCGAAACGCUGGAAAAUGACCAGGUCAACGUUCAGGGCCUCAUGGUCUCCAAGUACAUUGCUUUCUUUCACGACCGCGUCUCAGCGUGGCAGACCAAGCUGGCCAAUUCAGACUCUGUCAUUGAGAUUUACAUGGAAGUCCAGCGCACCUGGUCGCAUCUCCAGUCCAUCUUCAUUGGCUCGGAGGACAUUCGCCAGCAACUGCCAGAGGACUCGAAGCGAUUUGAUGGCAUUGAUGUCGACUUUAAGCGCGCUGCCGCUGACAUGAAGGCUACUCCCAACGUCAUCGAGGCGUGCAACAAGCCUGGUCUCUACGAUCUGCUGGAAGAUAUCAAAGGUCGCCUGUCCCUUUGUGAAAAGUCCCUUCAGGAGUAUCUCGAGACCAAGCGCCUUGCCUUCCCCCGCUUUUACUUCGUCUCCUCUGCCGAUCUGCUCGACAUCUUGUCCAAUGGCAACAACCCCACCAAGGUGGCUAAGCAGCUCUCAAAGCUCUUCCAGGCCAUUGGCAACAUCAAGCAGGCCGAGGAUGACCCCAAGCUUGCUCUGGGCAUGUAUGCCCUCGACGGCGAGUAUGUCGAAUUCUCGUCCCCUGUCAAGUGCGACGGUCGUGUCGAGGACUGGCUCAACGGCAUUCUUGACAUGCAUCGCCAGACGCUGCAAGACAUCAUGGCCGAGGCCAUCGUGUCCUAUGAAGAAAAGCCACGCAAGGACUGGGUCUUCGACUACCCGGCGCAAAUGUCCCUCACGGGCGUACAGGUGUGGUGGGCCACCGAGGUCAGCCUAGCCUUUGCUCGUCUCGAGGAGGGCUUUGAGACGGCAAUGAAGGAUUUCAACAAGAAGCAGAUCUCCAUGCUGAACGACUUGAUCGUGCUCCUUCAAGGCAAACUAUCCAAGGCCCAGCGUGUGAUGCUGCAAACCAUCUGUACCAUCGAUGUGCACUGUCGCGAUGUCGUCAUCAACCUCAUCAACAUCAAGUCGGAGUCGGCUGACGCCUUUGCGUGGCAGGCUCAGCUCCGCCACAUCUGGGAUGAGCAAAGCAAGCUGGUCAAGAUUCACAUUUGCGACGCACGCUUCACCUACUCGUACGAGUAUCUCGGCAACAUGCCGCGCCUCGUCGUCACACCCCUCACGGAUCGUUGCUACAUCACCCUCACUCAGUCCCUUCACUUGAUCAUGAGUGGCGCCCCUGCUGGUCCCGCCGGCACGGGCAAGACUGAGACCACCAAGGAUCUCAGCCGUAACCUGGCUGUCAUGUGCUAUGUCUUCAACUGCUCCGAACAGAUGGAUUACAAAUCCGUCGGCAACAUCUUCAAGGGCCUUUCGCAAACCGGUGCCUGGGGUUGCUUCGAUGAGUUCAACCGCAUCUCCGUCGAGGUGCUCUCCGUCGUUGCCGUCCAGGUCAAGUGCAUUCAGGAUGCCAUUCGCGCCAAGAAAAAGGUCUUCAACUUUAUGGGCGAGGAGAUUAAGAUGAACCCCACGGUGGGCAUUUACAUUACUAUGAAUCCCGGCUACGCCGGCCGCACCGAGCUGCCCGAGAAUAUCAAGGCUCUCUUCCGCCCGUGCGCAAUGGUUGUGCCUGACUACGGCAUGAUCUGCGAAAUCAUGCUUGUGUCCGAGGGUUUCCUCAACGCCAAGCUUCUUGCCCGCAAGUUUAUCACCCUGUACACGCUCAACCGCGAUCUGCUCUCGAAGCAGGAUCACUACGAUUGGGGCUUGCGCGCCAUCAAGUCGGUCCUUGUGGUCGCCGGCUCGCUCAAGCGUGCCGAUCCCGACCGCUCGGAAGACGAGGUGCUGAUGCGUGCUUUGCGUGACUUCAACAUUCCCAAGAUUGUCAACGAGGAUUUGCCGGUCUUUAUGGGUCUGAUCACCGACCUGUUCCCGGGCUUGGAUGUGCCGCGCAAGCGCAACCCCGAGUUUGAAGGCAUCGUUCGCAAGGCCGUGGAGGAGCUGACCCUGCAGCCAGAAGACAGCUUCCUGCUCAAGGUGGUGCAGCUGCAGGAGCUGCUUGAUGUCCGCCACUCCGUCUUUGUCCUGGGUCCGGCCGCCACGGGCAAGUCCUGCGUCAUCCAAUCCCUGUUCAAGACUUACCAGCUGCAAGGCCUCAAGCCCAUCCGCGCCGACCUCAACCCCAAGGCUGUCACCAACCACGAGCUCUACGGCUACAUCAAUCUGGCCACGCGCGAGUGGGUCGACGGUCUCUUCUCGCAUCUGAUGCGUGACAUCUCCAACAUUCAGAGCGAUGCCCCCAAGUGGCUCGUGCUUGACGGUGAUAUCGAUACCAUGUGGAUUGAGUCGCUCAACACGGUCAUGGAUGACAACAAGAUCUUGACGCUGGCUUCCAACGAGCGCAUUGCGCUCCAACCGAGCAUGCGCCUCAUCUUUGAGAUUGCCAAUCUGACCUACGCCUCGCCUGCCACGGUGUCGCGUGCCGGUAUCCUCUUCGUCAACCCUACCGACCUGGGCUGGAACCCCUUUGUCGCAUCUUGGAUUGAGCAGCUGGAGUCGCCCGGGCAGAAGAAUAAUCUGAUGAUUUUGUUCGAGAAGUAUGUGCCGCCUUGCUUGGAUGCCAUGCGCAGCCGCUUCAAGACCAUCACCCCCAUGACCGAGUGGUCGAUGAUCAACACCCUGUGCCACCUGCUCGAGCUUCUGCUCACCCCGGAGAACACACCCGAGGGCUGCGCGAAAGAAGACUAUGAGCUCUACUUUGCCUGGGCUGCUGUCUGGGCUUUUGGUGGCCAGCUGUUUAAGGAUCAACUCAUCGACUGGCGCGAGGAGUUUUCCAAGUGGUGGGUGACCGAGUUCAAGACCAUCAAGUUCCCCACGGGCGGAACCGUCUUUGACUACUACAUCAACCCUCAGGAGAAGAAGUUUGCGUCCUGGACGGAACUCGUGCCUGAGUUUGAGUUUGAUGCGGAAAUGCCCCUUUCCGCUGCUCUCGUGCCCACCAGUGAGACGGUGCGCAUCCGGUACUGGAUGGACCGUCUCGUGGCUGCGGGCCACCCAGUUCUGCUCGUGGGCAGCCCUGGUACGGGCAAGACAGCCAACAUUCUCAACAAACUCCAGGAGCUCGACGACAACUGGAUGUCCACGAUUGCUUCCUUCAACCAUUACACGGUUCAUCACACGAUGCAGGCCGUUCUGGAGGAGCCGCUGGAGAAGAAGGCGGGCAAGAACUACGGCCCGCCCGGCACCAAGCGUUUAAUCUACUUUGUGGACGAUCUGAACAUGCCUGAGGUGGAUCUCUAUGGCACAGCAUCGCCCCACACGAUCAUGCGCCAGCAUCUGGACUACAACAGCUGGUAUGAUCGCCAGAAGCACACCAUCAAGGUUGUGGCGAACACGCAGUACAUGGCCUCGAUGAAUCCCAAGGCCGGCUCGUUCACCAUCAACCCACGGCUGCAACGUCACUUCUCUGUCUUUGCUGCCUCCCAGCCCGGCAGUGAGGCCCUGACUCACAUCUACACCUCGCUCUUCACCGGCCACCUCAAGCAUGCUGGCUUUUCCAGCUCGGUGUUGAAGGUCGCCGACAAGGUGGUGCAGGCAGCCAUUGCCGUUCACAACAAGGUCUCAUCAACAUUCCUUCCCACGGCCAUCAAGUUUCACUACCUCUUCAACCUGCGUGACCUGUCAAACCUCUUCCAGGGUCUGGCCUUUGGGCAAGCGGAGUCUAUCAAGACUCCGCUGCAGGUGGCACGCCUCCUCUAUCACGAGCUUGAGCGCGUCUACUCGGACAAGCUUGUAGACGAGAGUGACAUUGAACAGUUCAACGGCAUCACCGAGGCCGCUCUGACCAGUGUCUUUGGCGAUCUUGAUCGCGAGCAGCUGGUCGCCAAUCCGAAGAUUCACGUGCAUUUUGCGGACGGCAUUGGUGAACCUCGCUACAAGGAGAUUAAGAAUAUGCAAUCGCUGCAGAGUGUCUUGCAGGAGGCCCUCAACAGCUACAAUGAGGUCAAUGCGGCUAUGAAUUUGGUCCUUUUCCGCGACGCCAUGCAGCAUGUUUGCCGCAUCAACCGCAUCCUUGAGAGUCCGCGCGGCAAUGCUCUUCUGGUGGGCGUCGGUGGCUCUGGCAAGCAAUCGCUGUCUCGGCUCGCUGCCAGCAUCAGCGGGCUCGAUACCUUCCAGAUUGCCCUCUCGAAGGGCUAUGGUAUGAACGAGCUCAAGGCUGAUCUGGCACAAUGCUUUGUCAAGGCUGGUCAAAAGGGCGCAGGCGUCAUGUUCUUGAUGACUGAUGCUCAAGUCGGCGAUGAACGCUUCCUCGUUCUCAUCAACGAUCUUUUGGCUUCGGGUGAGAUUCCCAAUCUUUUCGCCGCCGACGAGAAGAAUGACAUCAUUGACGGUGUUCGCGGCGAGGUCAGGUCAUCCGGCCUGGAGGACAGCACCGAGAACUGCUGGACUUUCUUCAUCAACCGCGUUCGCCGCCUCCUUAAGGUGGUGCUGUGCUUCUCUCCUGUCGGUGACACGCUUCGCAAGCGUGCCCGUAAGUUCCCGGCCAUUACCAACUGUACCACCAUUGACUGGUUCCACGAGUGGCCCGAGGAUGCCCUCAUCUCCGUGUCUUCCAACUUUUUGGGUGACACGGAGCAGGUCCCGAAGGAGCUCAAGGAGCCCAUCGCAAAGUUCAUGGCGUUUGUGCACACCACGGUGAACGAAAUGAGCCAGGUGUACCUGGCCAAUGAGCGCCGCUACAAUUACACCACGCCCAAAAGCUUCCUUGAGCAGAUUAGUCUGUAUCAGUCGCUGAUUGGCCGCAAGGUUGGCGAGCUGCAAAACGCCCAAGAGCGCAUGGAGAAUGGUCUGACAAAGCUGCAGAGCACCGCUGCCCAGGUCGAUGACCUCAAGGAAAAGCUCGCCGCGCAGGAGAUUGAGCUUGACCAGAAGAACAGGGAGGCGGAUGCCCUCAUCGAGCGAGUGGGCGUGGAAACCGAGAAGGUGAACAAGGAGAAAGAAAUCGCCGCCGUGGAGCAGGAGAAGGUGCGCGUCAUCAACGAGGAUGUGUCUGCGAAGCAGCAGUCGUGCGAGGCGGAUCUGGCCAAGGCCGAGCCCGCCCUUUUGGCCGCCCAAGAGGCCCUCAACACCCUCAACAAGAACAACUUGACCGAGCUCAAGUCUUUCGGUGCACCCCCCGAUAUUGUCGUGACAGUUGCUGCCGCCGUCAUGUGCCUGCUCUCCAAGGGCAAGGUACCCAAAGACCGCAGCUGGAAGUCCUGCAAGAGCAUUAUGGGCAACGUAUCCGAGUUUUUGGACAAGCUGCUCAACUACGACAAGGAAAACAUCCCGGAUGCCAACCUGAAGGCCGUGGAGCCUUACCUGGCUGAUCCUGAGUUUGACCCUGACUUUGUACGUGGCAAGUCGCUCGCUGCCGCUGGUCUCUGUUCCUGGGUUCGCAACAUUGUCACCUUCUACCACAUUUUCUGCGAUGUCGAGCCCAAGCGCAACGCCCUGGCUGAGGCCAACGCCGAGCUAGAGGCCGCGCAGACCAAGCUCAACAAGAUUAUGGAGAAGAUCCAAAAGUUGGAUGAAGCACUCGGCCGUCUUACGGCCGAGUUCCAGGCCGCCACUGACGCCAAGCUCAAGUGCCAGGCGGAGGCCGAUGCCACGAACAAGACCAUCUCUCUGGCCAAUCGCCUUGUCAACGGCCUUGCCUCGGAGAAAAUUCGUUGGGGCCAAGCCGUGCAGGACUUCAAGGCGCAGGGUGUGACCAUGCCCGGCGACGUCCUGCUCGUGACCGCUUUUCUGAGUUACACCGGUUGCUUCACGAAGCAUUACCGUGACAUUUUGUACAACGAGAAGUGGCUGCCCUUUAUCACCAGCGGCAAAGAGCCCAUCCCCAUUUCAGCCAACCUGGACCCGCUGAGCGUCUUGACGGAUGCAUCGCAGGUGGCGCGCUGGAACAACGAGGAUCUGCCUGCUGAUCGCGUGUCGACGGAGAACGCUACCAUCCUCGUCAACGCUGCCCGCUGGCCUUUGAUCAUUGACCCCCAGGAGCAGGGCAUCAAGUGGAUCAAGAAGCGCGAGGGGGAGGCCCUGGUUGUGGUUCGCCUCGGCCAAAAGGGAUAUCUGGACAAGAUUGAGCGCGCCCUGGCCAACGGUGACUGUGUGCUGAUUGAGAAUCUCGGUGAAGAGACGGAUCCCGUGUUGGACAAGCUCCUUGGCCGCCAGACUAUUAAGAAGGGUCGCGCCAUCAUGAUCGGUGACAAGGAGGUUGAGUACAACAAGGACUUCCGCCUGAUCUUGCACACCAAGAUGGCCAACCCCCACUACAAGCCCGAGUUGCAGGCCCAGUGCACGCUGAUCAACUUCACCGUCACCCAACUCGGUCUCGAGGACCAGCUUUUGGCCGACGUCGUGUCUGCUGAGCGCCCAGAUCUGCAGGCGCUGCGUGCGAAGCUGACCAAGGAACAGAACGAGUACAUGAUCACGCUCAAGGAGCUCGAGGACGCGCUUUUGGCUCGUCUGUCGUCGGCAGAGGGUGACUUUUUGCGUGACGAGGCCUUGGUCGAGGGUCUCGAGAACACCAAGGUCACUGCAAAGGAGAUUGCCGAAAAGGUCGAGCAAGCCAAGGUGACCGAACAAGAGAUUGAGUUGGCCCGCGAGAACUACCGUCCUGCCGCUGCACGCGCCGCGCUGCUCUACUUUAUCGUGAACGAGCUGGACAAGAUUCACCCCAUGUAUCAGAUCUCUCUCAAAGCCUUCAAGGUGGUAUUCGCGCACGCCAUCAAGGUGGCACCCGCUGCCGAGGAGGUCAAGGAUCGUGUGCGCAAUAUCAUUGAUGCCAUCACCUUCAACGUGUACAACUAUGUCUCGCGUGGCCUGUUUGAGCGCGACAAACUCAUCUUCACCACGCAAAUGACGCUGCAGAUUCUGCAGAUGCGCGGCGACAUCAAUCCAGUCGAGCUGGACUUUUUGCUCAAGGGUCCCUCUGUGCCCAACUCGGUUUGCCCGGUCGACUUUAUGACCAACAUGACCUGGGGCAACUUGAAGGCCCUGGCCACCAUGGAGGCGUUUGCCAAUCUCGACCGCGAUGUCGAGGGUUCGGCCAAGCGCUGGAAGAAGUUUGUCGAGAGCGAGGUGCCCGAAAAGGAAAAGCUGCCCGGCGAGUGGAAGAACAAGACCGAGGUGCAAAAGCUGUGCAUGCUGCGUUGCUUCCGCCCCGAUCGUAUGCUGUACGCCAUGCGUUUGUUUGUCGGCGAGAUGCUGGGCGAAAAGUACAUCUCUGGCCGCACCACCGAGUUUAGCAAGACCUUUGAGGAGACGAGCCGUGCCACGGGUGUCUUCUUCAUUCUUUCGCCCGGCGUCAACCCGAUCAAGCAAGUGGAGGAACUUGGUCUCAAAAUGGGCUUCUCCUUUGACAACGGCAACUACUACCAAAUCUCGCUGGGUCAAGGCCAGGAAGUUGUGGCCGAGAAUGCCCUCGACAAGGCCGCUGAAGAAGGCCAGUGGGUCGUUCUGGAGAACGUGCAUUUGGUCAAGAAGUGGCUGCCUGCGCUCGAGAAGAAGCUUGAGGCACUGGCCCUGACGGCACACGACAACUUCCGCUACUUCCUGACGGCCGAGCCUGCUGGUACGCGAGCCGGCCACAUUAUCCCGCAAGGUAUUCUGCAAGCGUGCGUGAAGAUUACCAACGAGCCCCCCACAGGCAUUCAGGCCAACCUGCACGCCGCAUUGGACAACUUCAACCAAGACACGCUCGAAAUGUGCGCCAAGGAGAACGAGUUCCGCAAGCUGCUCUUUUCCCUGGUGUACUUCCAUGCCGUUGUUCUGGAACGCCGCAAGUUCGGGCCCAUGGGCUGGAACCGCAACUACCCCUUCAACACGGGUGAUCUCACCAUUUCAUGCAACGUCCUCUUCAACUACCUGGAAAACAACUCCACUGUGCCGUGGACUGAUCUGCGCUACCUCUUUGGCGAGAUUAUGUAUGGUGGUCACAUUACGGAUAACCUGGAUCGCCGCCUCUGCAACACGUAUUUGGAAGAGUACAUGAAGGCCGAGAUGCUGGACGCGGAUCUUGAGCUGGCCCCGGGCUUCCUCUCGCCCAACAGCAUGGAGUAUCCCGAGUACCACGAGUACAUUGACGAGAUGCUGCCGCCCGAGUCGCCUUACCUGUACGGCAUGCAUCCCAACGCCGAGAUUGAGUUCUUGACGGUGACGUCACAGCGACUCUUUGACACUGUCCUGGAGCUGCAGCCGCGUGAUACCAGUGCCGGUGGUGCCGAGGCUGGUGGCCAGUCGCGCGAGGAGCGCCUGAAGGCCAUUCUCGACGAGUUCUUGGAGCGCCUGCCCGAGGAGUUCAACAUGCUCGAGCUCAACGCGCGCAUGCCUGUCGAGGAGCGCACGCCAUAUACUGUGGUGGCCUUCCAGGAAACGGCGCGCAUGAACAAGUUGACAGGUGAGCUUCGGCGUAGCCUCAAGGAGCUGGACUUGGGUCUCAAGGGUGAAUUGACGAUCACCGAGGCCAUGGAAGAGUUGUCCAUGGCCCUGGAAAUGAAUCGCGUGCCGAGCUCGUGGGAGACCAAGGCGUACCCAUCGACCAAGCCACUGGGUGCGUGGUACGCCGACUUGCUCGAUCGUAUCAAGUUUUUGGAGAUGUGGAGCGGCGACUUUGCGCUCCCCGCCGCGGUAUGGCUGGGUGGCCUGUUCAACCCCCAGUCCUUCAUGACAGCCAUUUUGCAGCAGACUGCCCGCAAGAACGAGUGGCCGCUGGACAAGAUGUGCAUGAACUGCGACGUGACCAAGAAGUAUGGCAAGGAGGACUUUACAACGCCGCCUCGCGAGGGCUCAUACAUUUAUGGCUUGUUCAUGGAGGGUGCGCGCUGGGACACGUCGUCAGGCAUGAUCCAGGACGCUCGCCUGAAGGAGCUGACACCCGCCAUGCCCGUGCUGUACCUCAAGGCCAUGCCCGUGGAGAAGCGCGACACGCGCGGCAUGUAUGAAUGCCCAACGUUCAAGACCAAGGAGCGUGGGCGUGCCAACGAGCAGGUUGCUGUCGGCGUGUGCCCUGGUUUUGUCUGGUCCCUCUUCCUCAAGACGAAACAGCACCCCAACAAGUGGAUUCUGGCUGGCGUUGCUCUGCUGCUCAGCGAGUAA